AUGUACUGUGCCUCUGGACCCUCUGGAACCUCUGGCUCUGCUGCAAGUGCGGGACCGGCAAAAACCCACCUCUCCCACCUCUCCCACCUCUAUAAGGGAAUCUCCGGAUACCAAAUGACAUCGCUUCCGAUACCUGUCCCAAACCACAGAAAGAAAAGGAGGGUGACUCUUGAAGAUUUGCGCUGCGAUUCUACUGACGUAAAUGGGUCGUUCAAAAGGCUCUUGGAUGAGGUCAAAGCUGUGGGUAAGAAUGAAGAAGAGGCGCUGUCGUUGAUGACAGAGAGAGUUUUGAUGGACCUGAUUGAUUUCAGUGUGCGAAAGGCGCAUGAGCGAAGGAAGUUCUUGGAAAGCUUGGGAUUCGAUAUCGCUCUUCAUGCAACCGACACAAACAGUACCCAUGUUAUCGACACGCCCAAGACGAAACCCGACUGCCCAAAGGAAGGAGAAGGGAAAAAGAAAGAGCCAACGACACCAUUACUAAUUUCUUGGGCUAGGAAAAAAAUUCGAGUGCAAAGGAACAACCCGAGAAUAGUAACACAGCACUCGGGUUCAGGCCCACCAGCAGGCGACAUGCCAACAGAGUUGAAGAAGAAAGUAGUAGUGGAGUUGCAGGGAAGUGAUGUGAAGAUGGUGAUCAAAAAGGUGUUAACCAAAACAGAUUUGGACGCUAGUUGUAAUCGGUUUUUAAUACCCAGGAAGAAAACGAGUGUCGAGUUUCUUACUGAAGAGGAAAAAGAAAACAUCGUACAAAAGAAAGAAGAUGGACUACAUUUUCAAGGCAUGAAAGUGUCGUUGAUAGAACCGAGCCUUAAAGAGUCAAGCAUAUGGUUGAAGAAGUGGAAUGUUGGUAAAAGUAUGUCAUAUGUGUUGAGCUCCCCAUGGAUUUCUGUUGCCACGACAAACGGACUCGAUGUCGGCGAUGAUAUAACACUCUGGUCCUUCAGAGUCGAUGGAAGACUCAACUUCGCUCUCAGCCUCUCAUAGAGUUUUUUUUUGAU